GGGAAGCAGCCGCCGCCCGGGCCGCGCAGGGCCAGGCGAGCCGAGGCGGGGCGGGGCCGAGCGCGACGGGAAGGGGUGGCUGCACGGCCCGGAGCUGCACCGAGCCAGCCCCGCCGCAGCCGCUGCGCACCGAGCCACGAUGGGGCUGGAGACCGAGAAGGCGGACGUGCAGCUCUUCAUGGAUGACGACGCCUACAGCCACCACAGCAGCGUCGACUACGCAGACCCCGAGAAGUUCGUGGACUCGGGCCAGGACCGGGAUCCCCACCGGCUCAAUUCCCAUCUCAAGCUAGGCUUUGAGGAUGUGAUCGCAGAGCCUGUGACUACGCACUCCUUCGACAAGGUGUGGAUCUGCAGCCAUGCCCUYUUUGAAAUCAGCAAAUACGUGAUCUACAAAUUCCUGACCGUGUUCCUGGCCAUCCCCUUGGCCUUUGCUGCGGGAAUUCUCUUUGCCACACUCAGCUGUCUGCACAUCUGGAUUAUAAUGCCUUUUGUAAAGACCUGCCUGAUGGUUCUACCAUCAGUGCAGACAAUAUGGAAGAGUGUGACAGAUGUUAUCAUUGCCCCAUUGUAUACAAGCAUUGGACGCUGCUUCUCUUCUGUCAAUUUGCAACUGAGCAAGGACUGAGCAUUUAAACUGCUGUCUGGAGAUUUGAAUACUGUAAUACUUCUUUGUUGUUGUAACAUAAAAGCACUACUGUUCUCUUCGUUGCUCAACUGGUCUAAUUAAGAAAACUAUUAAGAUGGGCACCCACAUUUGGAAACAGCUAUUGGCAAGUUAUGCUUUUCUAAUUAAGAGCCAAGAAUUUCAUGUCUAAUUUUAUAACCAGAAGUAUACACUAGGCUGACAACAUUUAAUUUUAAAGGGAGACAGUUUUUACUUUGUAAAAAGGUCCACAUUUUGUACGGACUAACUUGUGAUCAAGGAACACUUCUCUCAAAACACUACAAUAGCUUUGUAUAAACAGCUCGUAAAAUGUGGGAUUUCUUAUAUACAUAUGUUUUUUUUUUACUAUGGGAGUAAUACUUUUUCUAUUACUUUUACAGAUAGAAGGAUACCUAGAGAUAACCUAUAAUAAGAUCCUAGAAACUGAAAUAGCAAAAGAAUAUAAUGAUGAUAGUAAUUAUCAAAUAUAAUAAAUGUGAAAAUAGAUUCAUGAAAAUGUGUUCCUUUCAGAUAUUAUUAUCUUAUAGACCUAUUUAACAAGAUAUUUCAUUUUACUGUAUAUUUUGUACUUAAUGUAAAUCUUGCUCUAAUCAAAUCGCUUUAAAGCAUUUUUAUUAUAUUAUCUUGUUGAACUAAUAUAUAGAAAAAGUAAAUGUAUCUCCUACAAAGUAACUUCAUUGGUAAGAUUGCACUGUCUUGAUUAUGUAAGCCUUUUUAUGUCUCUUUGGGAAGGAAUUUAAGGUUUUCCUUUCUAACUUUUUCAAGAAAAAUCCUGAAAUGUUUUAUGACUGAUAUUGAUCUGGCUAUGAUUUUAAGAUAAUUCCUAUCUAAUUGCUAUCUUAUCUAGAAGAUGCUUUCUCUUUUAUAGUUGCAAAUUUAAUCUUAUAAUUGCAAUUUUAAUUCUGCUUUUCUAUGAAUGUUUCAUUUUACUUUCAAAUAAUGUUGGUGCUAUUUAGUAACAUUUGAUGAUACAGGCUAUUCUGAUCCUACAAUAAAUUUCUACUAAAUGAUUCAUAUAGAAAGAUUUAUGGGAGAGUUGUUCAAUUUGGGGGUCCUUGAUACUAAGCUACAUGCAUUAAUUAAAAAUUAACAGCUACAAACUUUUAAGAUAUUCUCUAAUGUAGAUUUUGUAAUACCAUAUUCAAUUAUUGUUUUUGAGCCAUAGAGUCCUAUUUUAGUGUUAUAAGUUACUGUUACUUUAAAAAUUUCAUUCUAAAAUGAUAAAUGUACAAAAACUGUCUACAGGGUGAGUAGCUACUAUAAUUUACAUAUCUUAAAAGUGUGUAAAUACUCAAAUUUCAGAACCACCAUCGAAAUUGAAAUAGCAUUCUUUUGAAUAUCCUUUUAAAUGAUAAAUCUUUCCCAAAUUAUAUUCUGAUAAAUAUAAAGGAUGAUUGAACUGGAAUACUAUUGGGAACCAAAUCAAGAGAAUGAUUAAAUUAGGACAUUCCUAUCCUUUUGAAGGUAGUUAUAUAAAAGAUAUUUCAAAACCAUGUGAGGAUUUUGUAGCAUCCUUAGAAAAAACUCAUGAUCAUGACGUUAAAGCACUUUCACUCAUUUGACUAUAAAGAUUUUACU